AUGGAAUUCCUGCUUGUGAGAUUUACUGAGAAUCAGAUGCUGUCGGGGCUGCAGGCUGUGCCCUUCUCACUGAUCUACCUAGCGGCCAUGUUGGAUAAUUUAAUUAUUAUCUCCCUCACAAUUCUUGACCAACGCCUCCACACACCAAUGUACUUCUUCCUCAGGCAUUUGUCCUUCUUAGAUCUGUGUCUUAUUUCUACCACAGUCCCCAAAUUUAUCCUCAAUUGCAUCACCUUCACUGAAUCCAUCUCUUACCUGGGGUGUGUGUUACAGCUCUUCCUGGUAGUACUAAUGGCUGGGUCAGAGAUUGGUAUCCUCACUGUGAUGUCCUAUGACCGAUAUGUUGCCAUCUGCCACCCUCUGCAUUAUGAAGCUGUCAUGAGCAAAAGGGCCUGUGUCCUUUUGAUGGCUGUGUCCUGGCUCAAUGGAGGGGCCUUGGGAAUCUUGUACUCAACUGGGACAUUCUCUCUGAAUUUUUGUGGGUCCAAUAAGGUACAUCAAUUCUUUUGUGAAGUUCCUGCCAUACUAAAACUCACUUGUUCUCAAGAACGUGUAACUAUCACCAUUAGUGUGGCCAUAGGAGUCUGUUAUGCAUUUUCAUGUUUGGUUUGCAUUGUGGUCUCCUAUGUGUAUAUUUUCUCCACGGUGUUAAAAAUCCCAACCAGAGUGAAUAAGUCCAAAGCCUUUUCCACCUGCCUGCCUCACCUCAUUGUUGUAGGUACAUUCCUUCUAACAGGCACUGUUGCUUAUUUAAAGCCAGCAUCCAGUGAGCCUUCUCUUCUAGACUUACUAGUGUCUAUGUUCUAUUCUGUAGUACCCCCAACCUUGAACCCUGUUAUCUACUGUCUGAGAAACAAGGACAUUAAAUCAGCUCUAGUAAAGUCCUGUGGAGUGUUAAAAGCCAUUAAGUAA